GUGUGACCGAUCCGACACAUAGUUCUUCAAUAAGAAGUGUAUAAAGCUAUUUCCCGCCAUAAGUCAAAAAGGACCUUGUUCAAGAUGAGCUUACAUCCAGGUACAUACAAAGGGCCAUGUGGUCGUGGCAUCUUUGCACUGAAAGACUGGAGCACCCCUCUGAAGAGACCAGAAGCCUUGCGUCAAGCUAAAGCAGAGGAAGUGAGUUUCUGGAAACCUGGCCAGAAGCUGAUGAUGAAGUACAGUUACCAAGGCAAUGUUAACAGCCCCCUGGGUAAGGAGUUGACCAUCAGUCGCAAGUCCCUGGUGGUGUUUGUCUCGAGGUAUGAUGAGCAUUGGAUCAUGGUGAGAGACGAGACGGGCCAGGAGGGAUAUGUACCUGACUCGUAUGUCAUGGCCAACCCUGAGGAAGUGAAAACCUUGCCGUGGUUGGAGGGGCAGCAACAGCAGGCUGUGAAACAGGAAUCAGCUGAGUUCAAGCCCUAUAGAUCGGCAUAUGCUACCAAGGAAUCUAACAGUACCCCAGCUCAAGAUGCUAGCCAGUUUUACUGUAGGGUGUGUGAUAAGCAACUGAAUGGACCUAUACCUUACCAGGUGCACAUGAACAGCAAGGCACACAAAGAAGAAAUGGAGGUACAGGCAAGCUACAAUUGAAGAGUUCAAUCGGAAGAGGCUACAUGUGCUACGUGCUUGAGUUCUAGUCAGGAUAUUUACCAAGGAUGUUAAGAUCAUAUUGAUCCUCAUUUUGGGAAAACUGGGCUUAAUGCAUGUGCAUAAAGUGUCAGCCCCGAUUAGCCUGUGCAGUCUGCAAAGGGUAAUCUGGGAUGACACUUUUCACCCAAACUGUAUUUUUACUAAGAAGAGACUUACUAUGCCAUACAAACGGAAAGUGUAAUUCCUGAUUAGCCUGUGUGGACUGCACAGUCUAAUCUGGGACAACACUUUAGACCGUACAUUAAGCCCAGUUUUCCCAAAUAAGGCUCAUUCUGAAAACAUGACAGCUGUUAGAUCUUAUUAUCAGUUUCAAAACUUUUUAUGUUUGAUUGUAUCUCACGCUUAGUAUGUUUCUCCAGUUUCUUUUUAUGUCCCCCACUAUAGUAGUGGGGGACAUAUUGUUUUUGCCCUGUCUGUUGGUCUGUCUGUCUGUCUGUUUGCGCCAACUUUAACAUUUUGCAAUAACUUUUGCUAUAUUGAAGAUAGCAACUUCAUAUUUGGCAUGCAUGUGUAUCUCAUGAAGCUGCACAUUUUGAGUGGUGAAAGGUCAAGGUCAUCCUUCAAGAUCAGAGGUCAAAUAUAUGUGGCCAAAAUCGCUCAUUUUAUGAAUACUUUUGCAAUAUUGAUGAUAGCAACUUGAUAUUUGGCAUGCAUGUGUAUCUCGUGGAGCUGCACAUUUUGAGUGGUGAAAGGUCAAGGUCAAGGUCAUCCUUCAAGGUCAGAGGUCAAAUAAAUGUGGCCCUAAUCGCUUAUUUUAUAAAUACUUUUGCAAUAUUGAAGAUAGCAACUUGAUAUUUGGCAUGCAAGUGCAUGUCAUGGAGCUGCACAUUUUGAGUGGUGAAAGGUCAAGGUCAAGGUCAUCCUUCAAGGUCAGAGAUCAAAUAUAUGUGGCCCAAAUCGCUUAUUUUAUGAAUACUUUUGCAAUAUUGAAGAUAGCAACUUGAUAUUUGGCAUGCAUGUGUAUCUCAUGGAGCUGCACAUUUUGACUGGUGAAAGGUCAAGGUCAUCCUUCACAAUGUCAAGGUCAUCCUACAAGGUCAAACAUCAUAUAGGGGGACAUUGUGUUUCACAAACACAUCUUGUUAAACUUACAUACCACAAAUGUUAGUGUGUUAUGCCACUUUUUUGUUUUACUCAAUUAUCGUUUUAGUUUAAUACUCAGAAUCAAGAUCUCAAUUUUCAUAAGUAUGAUUAUGUUUGUCUAUAAACUCUACCAGUUCAUUAUCAUCCCCUUCCAACAAAAUCAAAGUGGACUUGUGGAUUUUGCUCUGUGCGUCAGUUCGUCACACUUUUCUGGAUCCUGUGAUAACUUUAAAAGUUCUUCAUAUUAUUUUCUUGAAACUUGAAACAUGGAUAGAUGGCAAUAUGGAGAUUAUGCACAUCAUUUUAUUUUUUUCCUACGUCAAGAGUUCUGAUUGCUUUGGCAACAAAUCUACUAGAAAUAUAAACAGAUAGACUAGAAAUGUUGCUGAAAAUAGUAGAUCAUGGAUAACUUUAAAAGUUCUUCAUAUUUUUUCAUGCAACUUAAAACAUGGAUAGAUGGCAAGUUGGAGAUUAUAGACAUAAUUGCAUUUUGUUCCUACGUCAAAAAUAAUGGUUGCUAUGGCAACAAAUAUACUAGAAAAUAUUGCUGAAAAUGGUGGAGUUUUGCAGGAAGGGGACUUAUAUUGUUUGGCAAUAGUCUUAUUUUACCCUUCAUCUAAAAAACAAACAGUAAAGCUAGAAUAUAUUUGAGCCUCGUUCUUGGAAAAAGGGGUUUAAUGAAUGUGCGUAAAUUAUUUCACAGAUGAGCCUGUGCAGUCUGCAUAGGCCAAUCAGGAACGAGACUUUCCCUUUUAUGGUAUUUUUUUGUUUAAAGGAAGUCCAUUCUUAGUAAUAAUCCAUUUAAAGGGAAAGUGUCAUCCCUGAUUAGCCUGUGAGAACUGCACAGGCUAAUAUGGGACAACACUUUCAGCACGUGAUUAAAGCUCUCUUUUCCCACAGCAAGACUCAUUUAAAUUUGGAUCAGUCUAGGGGACUUCUCCUGCAUCAACCUUCUGGAGUCAUUAGCAGCUUUAAAAAAAGGUCACUAUGUCAAGUGAGAAAAACCUUGUAAACACAGAAAAAGUGAUAUUUUUUCUAAUCUUCACAAAACUUGGUCAUAACACUCAUAAAACCAGAAUCACAACUAAUUCUGAAACUGGUUAUAGUGAGAUCACCCGACACUUGUAUUUUUGCUAUGGCUCAGACCAUCAAUAAUAUUUGGACCAAGUUAUCCCCUGAGCCCAACAGCUUAAUAGGGCCAUUGUGAGGCUCUUGUAAACUAAGAUUAGGCGCAUCUUGCUAACAUGGGUGUUAUUCCAUAUGCAGCCAGCAUAGUUUCCAAACCAGUCCGCAUGUUUGCACAGUCUGGUCAUUGUUUUGUGUCCACUAUGCAGUUUAUACAAGGUUUUGUGUCCAUUAUGCAGUUAUGCAAGGUUUUGUGACACUAUUCAGUUAUGCAAGGUUUUGAGUCCACUAUUCAGUUAUGCAAGGUUUUGUGUCCACUAUUCAGUUAUGCAAGGUUUUGUGUCCACUAUUCAGUUAUGCAAGGUUUUGUGUCCACUAUGCAGUUAUGCAAGGUUUUGUGUCCUUUUUGAAGUUUCCAAUAUUUUGUGUCCACUAUUCAGUUAUGUAAGGUUUUGUGUCCACUAUGCAGUUAUGCAAGGUUUUGUGUCCACUAUGCAGUUAUGCAAGGUUUUGUGACCACUAUGCAGAUAUGCAAGGUUGUGUGUCAACUAUUCAGUUAUGCAAGGUUUUGUGUCCUGUAUUCAGUUAUGCAAGGUUUUGUGUCCACUAUUGAGUUAUGCAAGGUUUUGUGUCCACUAUUCAGUUAUGUAAGGUUUUGUGUCCACUAUGCAGUUAUGCAAGGUUGUGUGUCCACUAUGCAGUCAAGCAAGGUUUUGUGUCCACUAUGCAGUUAUGUAAGGUUUUGUGUCCACUAUGCAGUUAUGUAAGGUUUUGUGUCCACUAUGCAGUUAUGCAAGGUUUUGUGUCCACUAUGCAGUUAUGCAAGGUUUUGUGUCCACUAUGCAGUUAUGUAAGGUUUUGUGUCCACUAUGCAGUUAUGUAAGGUUUUGUGUCCACUAUGCAGUUAUGUAAGGUUGUGUGUCCACUAUUCAGUUAUGUAAGGUUGUGUGUCCGCUAUGUAGUUUAUGCACUGUUUUGUGUCUACUAUACAGUUAUGCAAUGUUUUGUGUCCACUUUGAAGUUAUGCAAGGUUUUGUGUUCACUUUUCAGUUAUGCAAUGUUUUAUGUCCACUUUGAAGUUAUGCAAUGCUUUGUGUCCACUUUGAAGUUAUGCACGGUUUAGUGUCCACUUUGAAGUUAUGCAAUGUUUUGUGUCCACUUUGAAGUUAUGCAAGGUUUUGUGUCCACUUUGAAGUUAUGCAAGGUUUUCUUCUCUCAUUAGCGGACAUUAUGAGUUCUCAGUAUAAAGUUUACGCAUGAAAGGCAUAUCUGGAACUUCACUGUUUGUACAAUGUCAUACAUGGCAGCUCACUUAACACUUUUUGGGGCUUCUUUCUGUACACCAUAUAAUGUUCAUUACUUUGUUUUGUAAAAAAAGGAACCAUUCUGUUAGUUAUAAGUUCAUAAAGUAUUGAAGAAAACACA